AUGAGCAGUAGUGAUGGUAACGAUAAAUAUAACAAAGAUGAUGAUGAUGAUAGUAAUGAUAGUGGUGGUGAUGGUGGUAGUGGUAAUGAUGAUGAUGAUGAUGAUCGUCGUCAACAAUAUCGUCAUUAUCGUCAUCACUCAUCCUAUCCAGUUGGUGUGAGCUAA